CGUUUCCAAGAGCAUCUUCCUCUUUCUUUCAACCUGGAAGCGUUCGUCAUUUGAGAUUCAACUGUGAAUUUGACUCCACUCAGAAUUUUAGCCUGUUAACUUUCUGUUGCCACUAUGUCUCUACAGUUUGAACUGUGUCCUGGCAGAAUGAUCGGGGGCUCCCAUCCAUGUUUCAUUAUUGCUGAAAUUGGACAAAACCACCAGGGAGACAUUGAGAUUGCCAAGAAAAUGAUCAAGAUGGCAAAGGACUGUGGUGCUGACUGUGCCAAAUUCCAGAAAAGUGAAUUAGAGUACAAAUUCAGCAAGCGAGCCUUGGAGCGCCCCUACAAUUCAAAGCAUUCCUGGGGGAAAACAUACGGUGACCACAAGCGUCACUUGGAGUUCAGUCAUGAUCAAUACAGGGAACUAAAAAAGUAUGCAGAGGACAUCGGCAUCUUUCUCACCGCCUCUGGUAUGGAUGAGAUGGCUGUGGAGUUUCUCCAUGAGCUGGAUGUGCCGUUCUUCAAAGUUGCGUCCUGCGAUGCAAACAACUUCCCAUAUCUGGAAAAGACAGCCAGAAAAGGGCGACCAAUGGUGGUAUCCACUGGGAUGCAGUCCAUGGAAACCAUACGCCGUGUCUACAAGACAGUAAAGGAGCACAACCAGAAAUUUACUCUCCUGCAGUGCACCAGCGCCUACCCUCUGGAUCCUAAAGAUGUCAACCUCAGUGUGAUCAGGAAAUACCAGGAGGAAUUUCCAGAUGUUCCAAUUGGAUAUUCUGGUCAUGAGAAAGGGAUCUACAUCACUGUGGCUGCUGUGGCGAUGGGAGCAAAAGUUGUGGAACGCCAUGUGACCCUGGAUAAGACCUGGAAGGGAAAUGACCAUGAGGCAUCCCUGGAGCCCUCUGAGCUGGCAGAACUGGUCCGAGCAAUACGACUGGUGGAAACAGCAAUGGGGUCACCAGUCAAGCAAAUGUUACCAUGCGAGAAGACCUGCCAUGAUAAGUUGGGCAAAUCAGUCAUUGCUAAGGUGAAAAUCCCUAAAGCAACAGUGCUGAGCCUGGACAUGUUUGCAGUGAAGGUUGGUGAGCCAAAGGGUAUCCCUCCAGAACAUAUGCAGCAGCUCGUGGGCAAGAAGAUCAAAGUGGACGUUGAAGAAGAUGACAGCAUCUUGGCAGACAUGAUAGAAUAAAGGAUCUUCCCAAACUAUUGGGACAGAGAGGCAGGCAAAUAGAGAAGGAUAGAAAAUAAAUAUGAAGUAAGAUAGGCAGGUAGCUAGAAAAUGGACAGAAAAUGAUAUCAUGUGUGAACAGUGAAAUGCAUAUGGUAAAUUAAAUGUGGGAUAAGACAAAUAUAAAUAUUAUUGAACUUGAAAUCUACGUCUUUAUGUAAUUUGAGUAAAUGUAAUAAUAUAAAUGUAAACACUUUAGAACGUAGAUGUAUAUUGAAAUUAGAUCAUGAUGCCAACUCUGUAUGCAGUCAUAGGCUAUUUUCUGAAUGCCACAGGCCACAUUUUUCAUUCUUCGCUAGUUUGAUGUCUUCUCUCCCUGCCUAUUUUUUCCAGGAUGGAAUCAUAACAAAAAAAGCUAUGGUUAGUUACACAGGAUGGUCAUAUGCAUGUAUUGCAUGCGUCAGGAAUAUUAUUGUGAAAUUAUCUGGGGGACUGCAUAUACACAUGUGGGGCUUUAACUGUAAUCAAAUGUUUCUGUAAUAUUAAUACUUCAAAUAAACAAGGCUUUAGGAAGCUGUUUUCUUGACUUUUCAUCAACAGUUUACAAACAACAUUGAGACAUUCCUUUAACUAAAGGAGCCUAUAAAUUGUAAAAUGAUCAAAUGUAAAAUAAACAUUAAAAAUAUAGAAAAAGACAAAAUUAAAAUAACUGUUGCUGUAGUGUAAUAAAUUAGUU